GAUACAGAACACUUACCAGGUACUUUCGGAAGAGGUACAAUGAAGGGGGAAGCCAGGAAACAAUCAAUGCACUAUGCUGGAGCUAAUGCAGAACGCUCAAAAGAUGCAAUUGCACGUGAUAUAAUUAAGGGACAACUCCAGAAACAAUCAAUAGAACUCUACGAGACUGAUACAGAACACUUACCCGUUGCUUUUGGAAGAGGUGUAAUAAAAGGGGAAGCCAAGACACAAUCAAUGCACCAUGCUGGAGCUAAUGCAGAACCCUCAAAAGAUGCAACUGCACGUGGCACAAUAAAGGCACAACUCAAGACACAAUCAUUGGAACUCUUUGAGACUGAUACAGAGCACUUACCAAGUACUUUCGGGAGAGGUAUAACAAAGGGAGAAGUCAAAAUACAAUCAAUGCACCAUGCUGGGGCUUAUGCAGAACGCUCAACAGAUGAAACUGGACGUGAUAUAAUAAAGGGACAAUUCAAGAUACAAUCAGUGGAACUCCCUGAGAUUGAUACAGAACACUUUCCGGGUGCUUUUGGAAGAGGUAUAAUGAAGGGGGAAGCCAAGAAACAUUUAAUGCACCAUGCUGGUGCUAAUGUAGAACGCUCAACAGAUGCAACUGCACGUGGCUUAAUAAAGGGACAACUUAAGACACAAUCAGGGGAUCUCCCUGAGACUGGUACAGAAUACUUACCUGAUGAUUUCAGAAGAGGUAUAAUAAAGGGGGAAGUCAAGACACAAUCAAUGCACCAUGCUGGGGCUAAUGCAGAACGAUCAACAGAUGCAACUGCACGUGGUAUAAUAAAGGGACAAUUCAAGACACAAUCAAUGGAGCUCCCUGCAUCUGAUACAGAAUACUUACCGGGCGAUUUCAGAAGAGGUAAAAUAAAAGGGGAAGCCAAGAAACUAUCAAUGCAAAUGCACUAUCCUGAAAGCCCAGCAGAUACAAUUGCACAUGGAACAAUAAAGGGACAACUCAAGCCACAAUCAAUGGAACUCCCUGAGACUUAUACAGAACACUUACCAGGUACUUUUGGAAGAGGACUAAUAAAGGGGGAAGUCAAGAUACAAUCAAAAAGUCACCCUGGCAGUAAUGAGGAACGCUCAACAUAUGCAAUUGUACCUGACAUAAAAAAGGGACAAUUCAAGACACGGGCAAUGGAUUUCCCUGAGACUGACUCAGACUACUUACUGGGUGCUUUCAGAAGUGGUAUGCUUAAAGGGGAAGUCAAGACACCAUCAACGCAUUUUGCUGGGACUAAUGCAGUACGUUCAACGGAUACAUUUGCACAUGGUAUAGUAAAGGAACAACUCAAGGUACACUCAAUGGAACUCACUGAGUCUGAUACAGAACAAAUACUGGAUGCUGCUGGAAGAAGUAUAAUAAAGGCGAAAGUCAAGACACAACCAAAGAGUCAUGCUGAGACUGAUAUAGAACCUAUGACAGAUACGGUUGGAAAAGAAAAAAUAAUUGCUGAAAUCAAGGAACAACUUAGGAGUUAUGCUGGUGUGAAUAUCUUUAAAAACAGAGAUACAUCCACACAUCAAGAAGAUUUUUUUACCAGGCCUAAUGUACCAGCUAAAUUGUCACCAAACAUCAUCAAUUUUUCAUCCUUUGACAAUCAAGGUAUGAAUUUAUUUAAAAACAAAAAUAAGUUCUCAUAUCAUCAAAAAGGUUUGUCCACCAGGCACAUCACAUCAACUAAAUUCCCAACAAAAGUGAUCAAUUUAUCACCCUUUGACAAUCAAGGCAGAACUUAUGAAGACUUUCCACCCCAUAUGACUGAACCUUCAAAAUCAUUUCAUAGAACAUCUAGGGCUAGGUCAAGCAUUUAUAAAGGCAUCCAUUUUCCUUCACUGACUAAAGAAUCUCCAGGGCAUCCAAAAAAAUCAAUCUCAAACAAAAAAAGUUUAGAAGUGACAAAUACUCUGCCUGCUGUGAUCUCUAAAGCAAGGAAAUCUAUCUAUAAAGUGCCACCUACCACUGCUGGAAAACCUUCAACCUACCUUUACUCUUGAGAAUUAAAAGCAUUCUGAGCAAGCUAAGCAACAUAUGCAAAUCAAUGAAGACAACAAUGAAAAGUGCAAGUAUGGAAGCCUUAUGAAAAUAACCCUGAUUUAAGUGGAUGAUGCUUACUAAGCAACAGUGGGAAAUACCCUGAGUAAACAGGGUAAGCUCAGAUCAUGAGGGUCUUAAUCUGCAACAGAACUCUUCUGUACUAUCUGGAACAAAUCUGAAACACUAAGAUCAAAGCCUCUUUGUUGCUGAUUUUAAGAAAGAACUCUGUUGAAGUUACAGCUUGCUUCUAGUCACUAAUAUGUCUGUAAUGCCUUCUGGUGUGUAAAAGCAAUUAAAUAAAAUUUUCGCUCUGCA